AUGGCCGCCGCUUCAUCGAGCGGCGGCGAGCUAAAGCUGACAGCGCUCCCUCGUGAAAUUCUUCUUCAAAUUUUCGACAAUCUCCGGCCGGGCCAUGUGGCGCGAUUACGCCUGGUUUGCCGAAUAUUCAACGAUGCGAUAGACGACGAUCGGUACUGGCUGAUGCGUAUCCAACGAACACUGGACGCAAAGCUGCCGGUCGCUGAGACAAGAUGCGAGAACUUUCACCCGAACAAGCUGAUGGACGGCAUUUAUUUCGAGACGGAACGCUGGUCGAAUGUCAGUGACGAAGACAAGUUUAUAACCGACGGCGCUAUCAGCCAUUAUGCUUCUGUGGAUGCUGUUCAGUUGUUUCGAAAUUCCUCCCGCCGAAAGUUCUGUCUGAGCGGCGCCAGGGAUCGGGCGUUGAAGCUCUUCGAUUUGGCGGCGAUGCGGGAGUCCCCAGAGGAAAAAAACGCUUGGCUUGUGGCAGGUAAAGAAGCGGCGCACGAGGGCUGGAUCUGGUCGGUCGACACGACGAACUGCGGCGCCCAGGUGUUGAGCGGAAGCUGGGACUCGACGAUCAGCCUCUGGGAUUUGGGAGAGCGAGCGUUUGAGCGAAUCUCCACCGCCAAGCACGUACCUGAUGGCGCCGUCACUGGCGUGCUCAUCGACGACAACGUGGCCAUCUGCAGCAAAUUUCACUCGUACAUUACCGUCAACGAUUUGAGAGAUGGCCUCAAAACGAUUGCCAGAUGCAAGGUACACACCGGCUCCAUCACCGCCAUCGCCAAGAAGGGUUCCCUGAUCUAUUCGUACGGUGUUGACAAGAAGCUCAAAGUCACUGACCGCCGCAACUUGGCGAAGCCGUUGAUGACGCUGAGCGUGCCCGCGUCGCUGAACAUGUCCUUGGGGCAAGGGCUCGCGUAUAUCUCGACUUCAAGCGGCUUUGUCUACGCAAUUCGAGCCGAUGAUCUCUCAUUUUCCCACAAGUUCAAGGCGGUCGCCACCGGCCAUCCGGUCCGGCAGGUCAUCAAGACUUCCGGAAGUAUAUUGGCGCUAACGCAGCUGAAUGGAUUGAAGGCAUUCACACUGGCCAGCACACCCGUCGAGUUCUACACGUCCGAAAAGUUCCACUGUGAGCCGUGCAGGUUCGACUAUCUCGACGGCGACGUGGUAGUCGGAUGUGGCGACGGAAGUGUGGCCUUCUGGCAAUGCCCGGCAGCGCUA